AUGUUUUUAAAAACAUCUUGCGGUGAUGGGGGGUGUUGUAAUUACAAUGUUAAUAACCUUCAGAAAUCUCUUUCAGAUCUUCAACAAAAUUGCAAGAAAUAUGAUGCUCUUCAAACAAAAAUUGCGCAGAAACUUGAAGAAAAUAAUAAUUCUCAUGACAGUGAUUCUGAUGAUGUUAAGAAGCUUCAACAGGAAAAUGAGAGUCUUAAAGACAGCAUUUUAAAAGAAAGUUCCAAGCUUCAAGGUCAAAUUACAAGUGUAAUUGAAGCUGUUAAUAUUAAAAUUUCUGAACUUGAACCUAAGAAAAAUAAAGUUGAUAGCCUUCAACGUCAAGUGAAUGACCUUAAAAAGAAAAUUGAUGCUAAGAAAAAUCAUAAAGAUCAAAUUGAAAAGCAGCUUAAAGAAGCUGAAAAAAGCCUUAAUGAUGCAAAAGAUGCUUUCCCUGAGAAAGAUUCUAAAUCUCUUGACUCUCAUAAUGCUUCCAAGAGGUCUCUUGAGACACUGAAAGAGCUUUGUGAUUUUGCUGAGAAAAUUCAUGAAGCUUCAAAAAAAAAUAAUAAUGAUGGAAAUUGUGCAGAAAUUCUUAAAAACCUCUGCGCAGGCCUCGAAAAAUUUCUCGGCCACAGUAAUGGUAAUUACACCGGAGAAGGAAUUGUGUACUCCGACCUUGACAGGCUCUGCGACGGGGUGAUGGCGUUUCUGCACGGGGUUCUUCAGACUGUGAGGGAUGAUGAGAGUGUUACAAAAUAUAGUGAUAUUAAUGAUAUUAACAAUGUUAUUAAGAAAUUAAAUGAUAGUGUAGGUAAAGGCCGUGAGGCCUUCGUGAACGCCGUGACUCAGGUAAGUGAGUGGUUGAAAAAACAUGGUGAGCAGGUGGGGGAGAGGACUGGAGCAGUGAAGGACAAAUUAGGUAAGUUAAUUACUAAAUUAUCAUCUUCUGCAGGUCAAUAUGUUCAAGAGGUGAAGAACCAAGAGGGUGCAAGAGUGGAAGACCAGUUGAGGGGGUGGAGCAAGACCGUGCAGAACAUCGAAGACGACCUAGCACACAUUAAAACAACUCUCACUAAUGAAUUAGAUAGCGCAUUAAAAUGUAGUGUAUUGCAUGAAAUGAAGCCAAUAUGUAAAGUGGUGGACCACCUGAAAGGUGUGAGUGGUAAUGCCGAAUUCGCCACCAAGGUGAAAGCUGUCAGUGCUGAUUUUAAGCAGCAAGAAGAGCGGGUUGCUCAGCAAAUUGCAGUGAAAGCAAAGAAGUUACAAACUAACCUAAGCGAUAGAUUUGAGGAAAUUAAUGGCAGAAUCAACGCCAUUGAGGCCAAACAGGAAGCCUAUUUGAAGCGUUUGAUAGAUUUGGUUGGUGAGUUGGAGACAGCUGUUGCCACUGCCGAUAGAGAUGCUGGCGCUUUUGUAACAAGUUAUAAUAAGGAAAUUGUAAAAGAAUUAAAUAAUAUAAAUAGCGAAGUUGGUAAACUUGACACAACUCCAAUUUCAGAUGGGCUGAGUCAAGUGUACCAAAAUAUAAAUACGCAGUUGCAGCAGCUUAGUCAGCAGUUGGAGAAGCUUGGGAGUGCUCAUAGUACGGUUAGUGGCGCGGUGAAGGGUCAGUUGGGUGACAUUGAAAGUCAAUUAACGGCACAGAUCUCGUCACUUAAGGAGGUAAUUAAACAGAAAAUUGAGAGCUACGCGAGAACCUAUGUCAGCCUUGUUAAAACGGAAGUCGAGACCAUAAAGAAUGCGAUUGGAAAAAAUGACACAAGCAAUAAAAGUGGCAUGUGCGACAAUUGGGCUAAGUUGAAAACGCAGAUUGGAAGCCUAAUCGAGGGGAUCUAUAAAGACGGGACAUCUACGAAAUCUGGUUACGUUGGCAAAAUCCUGGAGGGUAUGAAGUCGUAUGCGAAUUUGUUCACUGCGGCGAAGUUUGAGAGUGACGUUGUGACCAAAUGGAUUGACGGUAUAUUGAAUAAUAAUGAGCUGAUAAAGAAGAAGCUUCAUACAUAUGUUACAGCCAACGACGGAAAAGAUUACUUUAAGGAGCAAUUUAAAAAGGAUAGCGCUACUGGAAUUUAUAAAUCGCUCAACGACAAAAUCAGGCAAGCCAUUGUGGACAAGCUUAAUGCUCAGGUCACCGUUACGGCCUCUCAAUCAUUUCCAGCUGUUGACAAAAAUGACAACAUAACUACAAAUAUGCAGAGUGUCCAGAAAGUUUGCAAUGAGUUUGCUAGGUUACUUGAGGAGCAUAUCAAUGUUGAUACAACAGUUCAGGCGAUUGAGAUUAAGGUGAUACAAGAAAAUAAAAGGGACGAUUUUUAUAAUUACUACGACCUUGAGAUGGCUGUCGAAGCCAUUCUCCCUGCCCUCUCCGCCAUUGCCAGGCGUGUAGCUAAAACGCUUGGACGAUUCACGUCCAACACGAAUAAGUUCUUCAAUCUCGGCAGAAGCUUGGAGUUGACAAUAGGUAAUGUCGGCUCGAUCAAAGAAAUUCUUGGCACUUCCAAUGGCAGUGGCAACGACGAACCAGGUAACAGGAUCACCAAGGCUUUGGAGGUGGCGCCGAAAAUUCAGACGCUCUUUGGUAAUCUUGAAAAGGCGCUUGGAUUACCUUCCAGUACCUCUACCCCUGGUUACAACUAUGACCAUAACCAGGUCAAGCUUGAAGACAGCAUUGAAAAAAGGGUUGCCGAUAAUGUCAACGCUGUAGACUUCGACACCAAACUCAACCCUCUACUGACGGCCGCCGCGCAAAAAGGUGUCGACACUUUAAAUGAAAGAGUGACUGGCAUCCUCAGCGCAGAACUAAAGACUGUCGGGCCAAACAUAGAAGGGGAAAUUGGUAAGCUGAACAAUAAUGCCGGCGGUGGUCCAGGUGAGAUUCAACAGAAAAUUACAAAACUUCAGAAACAGAUCAAGGAAGUCAAAGCAUCUGUGGACGCUGCAAAGGGAAAGGCAGAGGAUGAAAUAAGAACACAGGUUCUAGAUUUGAAGCGUCGUGUUUCCCAAAUUUUGCUGGACGUUAAUAAGAUUAAUAAGGACAUAAACACUUUCAAUGAGGAGCUGAAAAACGCCAUCCAAGAGGCGCGAGAAACUGUUCAACGAUCCGAACAAGCGUUGAAACAAGCAAUCACCAAUGUGAGGGAUGAACUUAUCCAGACUCUGCGAGAAGCCUUUGAAGAUGCUUACAGAAAAGUGUUGCAGAUGUUCGCCGAAGGCCAUCUGGCCGACUUGGAAGCGUUAAAAACGUUGAUUACUAAGCAAUCUUAUGAAAUCAGAACAAUAAUAAAUAAUGACAAGAGUGGCGGUCUGAAAGGAUUUUUGACCAACGUUAAAGAGAGGUUUAUUAUCCCAAUUAUCGAGUUUGAUGCAUCCUUCAUUCCACCUCCAAAGCUUUCUAAACUUGCAGGGACACCAGAGCAAAAAGCUGUUGCAGAGUGGGCGACGAAGCUUCGUUACACUUUUAACCAACUCAUUGAAGAGCUCAGCACUCAGGAGGACUUUCGAAAAAUACGAAAAAAAGUGGAACCAUCCAGACAAUCAUUGGAGGCUCUGCUUGCUGGGCUUUAUGGCUCCGAACACUUUGACUAUAUAUUCAGAGAAAACCUUUGUAAUCUUAAUAACGCACUUAUUAAGUUCGCGCCUUCAAAGUUCUCCACUCCGUGUAGCGUAAUUUUAGAUGCACUCAAGGCCGGACUCAAAGGCCUAGCCACUCAGCUAGGCUAUGCUUAUGUAAAUUCGUACUCCGGUGCGCCGGCUAUAACUAGCUGGGAGCGCAUGGAUCCAAAAUCCAAGAAACGCGAAGCAACUGAGGAAGCCAAAAUGUGCGCCAAGGUUUUUCUAACAUGUCUGCCAACAUGCUUAAACGACCUCACUGAGCUUAGAAAGCAGUGUAAUCAUGAUGGUGAUUGGCGGAAGAAAUGUAUUAAUUUAAGCAACGAGCUCGGCGCAUUUUUCGAGAAGUGCGGCUAUCGCGUUUCUGAGGACGAUGGUUCCCAUAGAGGGGACUUGAAAAAUAAUGCUGACCUCGACGGCCGGGAUAUUCAUCGUAAACUCAUGGCAGACAUUGCUGGCGAGGAUGACAAAAAAUACCACCUCGUUGAAGAUGAAGAUGAGCAUAAGAAUGGGAAAGAAAACGAUAAAAGCCUGCUGAAAACGCUCUCAGACUGUCUUCAUACUUUCUAUGAAUCCUCCCAGCUGCGUUACAUUGAAGGUGCCAAACCACCGACAAAUAUAUUCCAAAUGCUCUGCUGGGUCACCGGUUUAUGGUAUAAUCCUGUGCGUCGUUCACUCUGCAAAUACUUGAAGGAGCUGUUUGACAAGCCGAAAGGCAUGGAGGAGAGAGCGUAUAAGGACAUUGAUACUCGCCUACUUAAACUGGUUGGCACGUCAACCAUUAGGCCACGUGAUCUCACUGUAGCACUGCAGUCAACAUGCUCGUAUGCCGAAAAUGUAUUAGUUGCAAUACUCGGCACAGGCCACGCUGACGGUAUAUACGCGUGCCAGUUCAGCACCAAUGACCUUAACUUACUUUAUCCCACGAACAUGACAACACUAAUAUGCUUAUUGUUGAAUGUCGUCAAACGGCUGCAUCACCAACUACACUUUUUAUAUACUAUGUGUUCAUAUGAAACCGAGCUCAGUGGCUGGCGUGACUGCACAUACGGUAGCAGCGUGGGCGGUUCCAAUUGGCAGUGUAAUACGUUGACGUAUGCUGAACAAACGUGUGACCAACAGUGCAACCAAAGAGCCAACCAAAACACUAACCAAACAGCUAACCAAAGCUGUAACCAACACCCCAAGUGCGGCAUUAAAUCACCACUGCAAUCGUUUUUGGAGGAUGGUCUUCCUGGUUUCCUGCCACAUAAUGUAACAGCCAACGGCUCUGGUCUUUCAUGUACUAAUUGUCCAAAGACGUCUGGCCAACCGUGUCAAACGCCCAUGGGCUUCGGUGAUAUUAGUAUUACAGCCUCCCGUAGACAUACUGGGCAAUUCAUAUUUGAUGUCAUUGGUGAAUUCUGUGGCGGCGCAUCUUCUCACCUCAGUAAUCUGUGCAACCUACUGAAUGUUCUUUUGCCAGCUGCGCCGAAGACACUUGGAGAGAUGUUUGCAUUUUAUUAUAAUUUUGUUGCUAUAUGGCACGCCAACGGCAGCAAUCUCAUGGAUCAUAGAGACACGGCAUUUAACAACGCCGUCGUGCAGGCCAAUUUCGGAAACCCUAACACGGAGUUGAACAUCACUCCAUUGUUUAUGAGCACGGAUCAUGGCACCAUGCCAGAUUUGCCUCACCCCAAUGGGGACCUGUACUCUCUUGUAAAAUGCAAGGGUGCUUCAACGACUACCGCCGUUCACCCCUGCGGUCCAUAUCUCCGGCCUCUUUGUGUAGACAUAUGCAGUAUAUUUUCCGACAAGCACGUCAACAAAUACCUUUCGUGGGUUGUAUAUGUUACUGAAACAUUUUACGAUUUACUCAAAAAAUUAUACGAUGAUUGUUGUAAGACGUGUGGCGGUGACAAGCCGAAAUGCCGUAAGGCUCCUUGUUCACAAAAAUGUAAUGUUGGCAGAAAGCCAACCAACUCCAGUCACAGUGACAGUUGCAUAUCCAUAGUCAAUUGCCAAACAACUAUGCCUACCUUGUGCAGAUAUGGAUUCACUUUCGGGUACUCAUCUGAUCUCGCCGGGGAUCUUGAGUCCCGCCGUAUCUCUCUUGGUACGCUUGUUGGGCAGCUUUCGGGUUUUAUUGGCGGCGGAGAUGAAGUUAAAAAGGCAAUUUUAUAUGGUUUGCACAGUAAUGUAACUCAGCUUGUUAAGCUUUUACAAACGUCUUGCGGAGAUAAGGGGUGUUGUAAGGAUGAAAAAAUUAAGCUUAAUGAAGUCAAUGAAAGCCUUAAAAAUAAGCUUAAAGAUGAACAAAAAACCUCUGAAAAUCUUGCUAAAAUCCUUACUGACUGCAAUUUAAAUGAUCUUGAUGAUCCCUUAAAUAAGCUUAAUGAUGAAAUUCCUAAAAAAAUUCAGGGGCUUAAUGAGCAAAUUAAUAAGCUUAAAAACGAGCAGGAAAGUGAUGAAAAUAAUACUAAAAAUGCCUCUCAAAUUGACAAACUUAAUAAGGAUCUUGACUCUCAUAAUGCUUCCAAGAGGUCUCUUGAGACACUGAAUCAGCUUUGUGGAUAUGCUGAGAAAAUUGACACUAAAGAAGAUAAUACUAAAAAGCUUUUAACAAAUUUGUGCUCUGGCUUGGAGAAGUUCCUUGGUUACCAAGAAACUUCCAAAGGCUACGAUGGCUCCGGCAUCGUGUACUCCGACCUUGACAGGCUGUGCGACGGGGUGAUGUCCUUUCUCCUUGAAUGUCUUAAGGGCAGUGAACCUUUGUUAAAGCACUAUUAUAGUGAUAUUACAAGGACAAUUAGUGACUUGGAAAGUAAAAUAGGUAAGGGCUCCGGUGUUCAGGGAUUUGCGCAGGCCAUUGGGAUUGUGCAGGCGGGGCUGGAGGGGUAUGAGAGUGGGAUGAGUACAAAAACGGAUGGAGUUACAUCACAAUUAACUUCACUUAGCGGCACAAUUAGCUCACUGAACACUGAAUUUAAUAAUAUGCAUACUAAGUCACUUAGUGAGCAGUUGAAAACUGUGGUGGCCGGGGCGUCUUCAUAUUGGUUGAAGGCCAGGUUGGCGGAAAAUGCUAAGAAUCAACUUGACGACACUUUGAGAGGUAAGUUUGAAUGUAAAGUAUCAUUGGUUGUGCAGGCGGCGGACACUUUCAAGAGGAGCGCGGAGGAUGAAGAGCUUAGGAGCCAGGCGCAAGUGGUGGACAGGGAGUUGGAAGAGCAGGAGGCGAAGCUGAAAAAGGACAUCGACUAUGGUCUAACUGUAAUGCAAAGUGACAUUAAUAUGAAGCUUGAGAAAAUCGGGAGUAGUAUAGAUAACUUGGAUAAAGUAAAAGAUGCGCAUAUCAAAUACAUACGAGAGGCUGUUGAUAAGGCAGCUCAGGCUGCCAACGAUUUGCUUGCCAAAUUUCAGCGGACGUAUGAAAAUGUUAUUAAAGGCAAAUUCACUGAAAUAAAAAUGUCGUUAAAAAAUAUUCAGUCCGAUGAGAAGCACAAGUCACCGCUUGAAAAACAACUCAAUACUGUGCAGUCGGCGGUUGCAAUUCUAGAAGACGUUUAUAAGGACAAAUUAAUAAAUGUUAAAACAGAUGUUGACGCAGCUGUGAAACAGACAAAGGAGGCGAUGGAAGGGCUUGGAUGGAAACUCAUAGCGGAUCUGAAGGUGUUGAAGGACAAUGUACAGACCAAGGUUCAGGAAUCAAAAUGCACGUUGGUGAGCUGA